UGGCGGGCUCGUCCUCAACAACGAAAAGCACAUUCGGAACCUCUUCAUUCGUUUGCAUCCAUCAAGGUCAUAUCUUCUUUCUUGCCCAGCAUGCCACCACAACAAGCGUGGGCAUCCCGUCAAUUCCAGGACUGCGAUUCGGAUGGAAAAUCACGCGCCGUCCAGUGCAAAUGGUGCAUAGACAAAAAAGUCGCCUACAACAGCACUUCGCGCAAAACGUCCCAUCUCAAGCAAUGCGUCGCCUUUAACGAACACGUCGUACAGCUGGUCGAGGCUGAGAAUGCCGGCGGCUAUUUGUGUCGCGAGCUUGAGCAGAUGCCGGCCGUGGUCUUGGACGCUGUUCUGGAUCAGACUGGAUGUAGGAGACUGCAACAGGGUCACGCUGGCCAGGGCGCUGUAGGCAUGGGAGCCGUCAACGGAAACUUGGGCGUCCAGGCUGCUGCCGUCUUGUUCGGCAAUGGCAAUGGCAAUGGCAAUGGCAAUGGCAAUGGCAAUGGCAAUGGCAAUGGCAAUGGCAAUGGCAAUGGCAAUGUUGGCCCUCCACGAUUGAAUGGCAUGAACGACACUCCGCGCUCUGAGCGGCCCACCCCUUCUUCAGCACUUCGCACCGGCGCAAACCCCAUUUCACAUGCUUCGACUCCCUCGACGCAAGCUCCUCGUAGUGGUGCCAACUACAACCGCGCUCAAAUCGACAGAGCCUUUGCGUCCGCCUUGAACCACCCCGCCACCAGCUCACCCGCUCUCCAGAUUCACCAGACUCCCAACCAUUCCACACUACAACCUUCCCAUGGUCAAGACGUAUCAGGCCUGCUCAACACAUUCAACGCCUCGACAGACCCACGUAUCUCAGACGCUCUACGUCUCUUGGACAAGGACACGCGAGUUAGAAUUGCGAGAGAACUGCUGGACGAAGCGUACGAAGGAGUUAAAAGAGCUGUGGACAAUUACAUUGAGAAACAGCAAUAUCUCAAUGCUAUCAUGGAAGACGGCGUCGAUCUAGGCGCUGACGAUCAGGCUCGUUGAGUGGAUAAGAAAGAAGAGAAGAGCAGAGGGAGGUACACGUAUUUAAUGAUACCCAUGAGGGCGAUGUUGAUGUUGUGUUGUUGCUUUAUUGCGGACAAGAGGCAUGCUUUAGCCAUUUGAAUACCCGUUCUUCACAUGGAAUUGGUUAGCCAUUCGAAUACCCGUUCUUUGUAUGAAAUUGGCAUGCGCAAGGCGCUUCUGUUCCCUUUGCGCAGGACCC